UUAAAAACUAGAGAAGGGAAGAGACAUUCAGCCGCAGAAGAAACUGUUCCAAUGGAAAAAAUGAAAGCAGCGGUGGCUCCUCCUUCUCCCUCGCCGUCGAAGAAGAGGCAACAGCCGAUGAAGAAGAGGUCAAUCAGCUCCAAUGCUCAGUCCACUUACGUAAAAAUUCGUGGUCUUCUUAAAGACGUUCGUCCUUACAUUAUAGAGGCUCUCAAAACUCCUGACUUCAAAAAGUGCGAGGCAUCCCGGGAAGUUGAACAAAAGUUGAAGAUGAUAAAUAAUUUAUAUGAAAACUUGCAAGCGGAAGGUCUUACAAUGAAAGGGAAGCAGCUAAAGCUACGACCAUCUGGAAUUAAGCUUACUCCACCAUCAGUUCCAUCUGGAAUUAAGCUUACUCCACCAUCAGUUUCUGGCUCUCAGAAGCUGUUUAGAGAUGGUCUUCCAGAGACAUACAUUGUUGGAGGAUCUAUAUUUGGCUGGAAUUUUAUCACCUUUAUGGGAAAACAACCUGUCUAUUAUGGUAAGACAAAGGAAGAACAUCGUGCUGGAAGAAAAGUUUCUAAGUAAUCCUAUGAAACUUUAAACCCCCAUGAUUGAUGCUCAGUUUCUUAAACAUUUCUUUAAUGAUAAACUCUUUUUAAAUAAGAUACAAGGCUGUUGAUGGAUGUUGUACUGCUUCUGAGAUGGGUUAGAUUUUAAUAUUCAAAGCCAAUGUAUCAGACGUGGAAAGUUUUAUUCAAUUCGUGGUUUGUUUCUAUAUUAUCUAUAUAUUGUUUCUUCAAAUGCGUGGUUUGUUUGACUGAGU